AUGAUCGACGCGAAGCUCCAGGGGAUAGAGGGGCGCCUGCUACCAGAAAAGCGCCUAAGACCUCCCCUGGCAUCGGACAGGACACCAGCACCACCGGACAGGACACCAGCACCAGCCACGGCUGCGACAGAAGCUAAGCGGCCUGGAGCAGCGGCCAGCGGUGCCAAGGCCAAAAGGGAGAAGGAGAAGACGGCAAGACCUCUGCCCCCGCCGCCUCCAUCUAUGGAGGAGAGAUGGACAGAGGUGGUCAAGAAGAAGGACAAGGCUGGCCCGGCGGUAGUACCACCGCAAACCGGGCAGAAGGGAAAGAAGGCCAAGAAGAAGAAGAGGAAGAGCACUCAAAGUGCGAAAAAUCCAGCGGUGGUGAUCACGCUGCCGCGGGACUCGGAAAGCCAUUCACAUACCUAUAAUAAACUCAUUUAA